AUGAUGCAGAGGGUUAUGUGCAGUCAGAAUUGGAAACAGAGAGUGAAGAAGAACAGGGAGAGUUUGAGAUUGGAGAAACCGCUCAAGGUCUUUUGGAGCAUUCUGGAGCAUAUGGGACAUGAGGAGCAUGGAGGGACUUGGCACAUGGACGCAGCUCAACUGGAUACGCAAAGGAAGAAGGGAGAAGCCAUCUUGAAGACCAGCUCGACCGUCUACUCGACCAACCGGUCGAGUUCCUCAACUCGACCGGCCAAGCUUCAACUCGAUCGAGCUGAGAAGUCAACAGUCAAACCCGAAAAAUGUUGCUUCCCCCUUGACUUUCCUUUGACCCUAAACCUAAUCCUCUUGUAUUUAAAGGCUCUAAGCCACGAAAAAACCACCAAGCUUUAG